AGGGGAGCUGCUGGGUAUGGAGUAUCUGUACAGUCAGUCUGGGAAAUCCCUGACUGUUAUGGAUAACCCAGAAGAGGAGGAUCGGCUGGUGGAGCAGAUGACUGAUGAGGUGGUGCAGGACGAAGGCUUUGUUGAGGAGGAACCUGAGGACCUCACAGUGCCAGUCCUCUAUGACCCCAUUGAGCCUGUCCCAGUCCACAGCAGCGGCCCCCAGGCCUUCAACCCCUGUCCCUCUGCACCAGGACCAUCCUCACUACAGCCACCCACAGGACUGCAGCGCCCUGCCCAGCCUCCUCUGCAGUCUCCUCCUCUGCACCCUGCUCAGCCUCCUCUGCAGUCUCCUCCUCUGCGCCCUGCUCAGCCUCCUCUGCAGUCUCCUCCACAGCCUUCUGUCCAGCCAAGUGCUGCCUCUGCUCCUGCAACAUCAACUGGGUCCAGUGUUGCAGACCAGGCUCCUGCUCCUGUUCUUGGACCCGAUGGCGUUGCAGGCUGGGAUAAGGUGCAGGAUCUGGCUGAGUACCUGGUGUCCCUCCGUCAGGCACUCUACCUGGACGAGCAGCAGGUCACAGAGGUCAUCCGUCUGUGGACUACUCUUCCUGAUGGGGACAAGAGGAAGAUCCACUAUCAGCCCAGACACCAGCCCAAACUGACCCACGGACGCUUCAAGGCUCCAAAAAACACAGGAGUGACACCGGGUGUGGACAGUGUGAAGAGGUGCCUGAUUGGUCAUCCUGGGGGGCCAGCUCAGUGGCCCAGCACCAGUCGCUUAGUUGAGGCCAUGUGUAUCAAACUGUGUGCACUUCACAAGUCCCCAACUAAGAAGGAUGGAGUCCGUCUUCCUCGUUGGACUAAGGUGCUCACGGAUUACCACCACAUCCGAGACCUGGUGCUGAACUGCCAAACUCUGAUGGAGGCCACGUCACUUCAGCUGUUUAUGCUGAAUCAGAGGACUCUCACUCAGUGGUAAGCA